AGUACAACUUCCCUUUCCUCUCUGCCAUGAUAAGAACAAAUGCAAAAACUGCUCGACACGCUUUCUCACAUCCCUUCAGAGGCAUCUGAGUGCGUUGUCAAAGAUAUGAAAGCUACACCUGGACUCGUGGUGUGGCUUUUCACACUUUCUCAAGGUAUGGAUACGCCCUGUGAUGGCAGAAGAGAAGGAGCUCUGUGUUACGGACCACUGGGUGGUGAAAUAGUCUUCAGUUUGGUGGACAAAGACACAUAUGCUUUUAACUGGAGGAAAGAAUACUUCUCAUUAGUUACAGUCAGAAAGAACCAGAUUAGAUAUACAUUUCCUAAAAGAUUUAGCUUCACCCCAAACAAUGGGAGGCUGAAGAUAGAAACCCUGAUGAGAAAUGAUAGUGGAAAAUACACUCUUUCUAUCUUUAGCAAUGAGGGAAUGGAACUUCAGUCUCGGACACUGCAAUUGUUCAUUGAAGAUCCUGUAAUCUCUGUCCAUCUGGUCUCAAAGUGUCAGUUCCAAGGAAAGCAACCGGUGACUUGCUUGCCCAAGGGAGGGGAUAAUCUUCAAUACAGCUGGAGCCUAAACAAAAAACCACUGCAAGACUCUGAUCUUCUCUCAGGAUAUGUUCAAGCAAACAACAUCACCCUGAAACCAUCCAUAUCAGGACAGUUAGUCUGCUCUGUCAAAAACAACGUCAGUGAAAUCCGAAAAGAAGUCUUUGUGUCUUGUGGUAUGGAUACGCCCUGUGAUGGCAGAAGAGAAGGAGCUCUGUGUUACGGACCACUGGGUGGUGAAAUAGUCUUCAGUUUGGUGGACAAAGACACAUCUAGUUUUAUUUGGGAUAAAGGAAGAGCCCCCUUAGUUAUAGUCAGAAAUAACCAGAUUAGAUAUAUAUUUUCUAAAAGAUUUAGCUUCACCCCAAACAAUGGGAGGCUGAAGAUAGAAAACCUGACGAGAAAUGAUAGUGGAAACUACACUCUUUCUAGCUUUAGCAAUGAGGGAGUGGAACGUCAGUCUCGGACACUGCAAUUGUUCAUUGAAGAUGGAUCCAAGAGCAACCAACGCAACAAUUAUUUGCUCAUAAUGCGGGGCGUUCUCUCAGCUCUGUUCAUCCUCCUAUUGAUCGGCUUGGUGGUUGUCUACAAGCAGAAGAAAAAGCAAAGCAGUAUUGAAGCUGAAGAGGAACUGACGUACGCUAAUGUCAGGCUCAAUCAUCAGCCAAGGAGAUAGAAGACGUGAUGGUGGAGUAUGGCCAAGUGAGGUUUUCAGAGCGACCUCGUCGAACUGUAGUCAAAACAGCACUCCAUUGUGCAACCACAGAGACCGUGAUCUUUAUGUUUGAUCUUUAUGACUGCUUUUGCGAACAGGCUAGAACGUCCCUACAUGAUCGGCACUCCAAUUGGUAAUAUGAUACUUUUGAACAAUUAUAUUGUGUUAAUUUUCCCCCAGAACAAUGAAUGGAUGUUCAGGUAAAUUUAAAAAGUGAAACCACACAAUAUGUUAGAUCUAGAAAGUUAAACCAAUAUGAAACAUUUGAUGACAUGAGGCAUUUAGUAUAUCAAAAUAACGAUGAACAUUUAUGGAUUUAGUCCAUGUUGUGAAAAAAAGGCUAGCAUCAAAUAUAAUUUUACAUACAUAAAUCUUAUGAAUCCAAUGUACAAUAAAGCAAACUUCAAGAAUGUG